AUGGCUGCGCCCAUACCUUCCUCGAUGGCGACUAGUUUUCAAAAGAAAAAUCAAGGAAAAUCAACAAAAAUACGCGGAACAAGAUAUUCAUUACAUAACAGCCAGCUACUUAUUUCAUCUGGUGUACCGUCCCUCGAUUAUGUUAUUGGUGGCGGCAUAGCAGUUGGCACUGUUUUUCUUGUUGAGGAAGAUAUGUAUGGUAGUUAUUCUAACUUAUUAGUGAAGUACUUCCUUGCAGAGGGUAUUGUAUCAGGUCAUGAAAUAUUUUUAGCUGCUGCAGACAAAAGACCUGAUUGCACUUUAAAGGAUCUGCCACAUCCACUGGAUGUUGAUCUUGUCAAAUCAGUUUAUGAGGAGAGAGAAGAAAGAGACAGUGGGGAGAAAAUGAAAAUAGCCUGGCGAUAUGAAAGUCUACCAAAACACCAGUCCUCUCAGAGUGGUCUGCAUUUUGGCCAUUAUUAUGACCUAAGUAAAACAAUGAAAGAAGAAUUAGUUACAAGUGUAAAAUGCACAUGCUUUUAUGCACAAGAUAGACAUUUACAGCAAAAUUUAAAAAGUUCCUGUAAUAUGAAUCCAUAUUAUGAAGAAUUACUGCAUUCAAUUCAAAGACAAAUAAUUACAAAUGGAUAUAAUUCACCAUCAACAGACGAUGAAUCUUACAUUCAUCGAAUUGAAAAUCUCACAGAUACCACAGUCAAGCUGGAAUCUUUUGCUGGAUCUGAGAAAGAGAAGUAUCCUGUGUAUAAAGAUUACCAUGGUUUAUUUACAAUACACAAGUUGCCUCGUUUGAAUUCUCUGACAUGUCAUGUGCCAGAUUCAAUGGACUUGGCCUUCAAGUUGAAGAGGAAAAAGCUGACCAUUGAGAAACUACAUUUACCGCCAGAUUUAUCAGAGACAGUCAGUCGAAGUCAGGGUGAAUCAGCAUGUGCAUCAAGUUUAUCAAAAAUAAAAUUAGAUUUUUAA